ACGUAGUUGAAGAAGGUUGUCUAUGUCUAUACGACGCGUCGCAUCGCAUCGCUCAGAAGGUAUAAAGGUGAUAGCUCUACAGAUACACUGAUACAGAGAAGGUCGAGACGCUGGCUACAACCAUAGUGCAUUCAAAACCUCACUCUACCAUCGACCGCAUAUCCCCUUACUUCAACAUGCGCGAAGCUAAAUAUAUCCCGCCCUCAGCGACCCGACCCGACACCCAAAACAACCAGAAUAUACCUUCAAAAGCCAACCUCGAUAACGCUACGACAGCUCAAAGCAAACCCAAGCGUCGCACGAAGAAGUAUCGCGCGAUCGAACGUCCUGACGGUAUCAUCGUCGAGUAUCCUCGGUAUCGACCGGCAGGCUCAUCGCAGAAGCCAACAAUCGGGUUCAAACAAGACUCGAUCCCUUCGAACUACAAUUGCACGCAACACAAACCCACAAAAGAACCAACGCCGAGCAAUGCAAGACACGAUCUUGUGGGCAUAGGGAGUUCUUUCUGUGAGGUGUCUGCAGAUAACAUCGGUAGUGACGUGUGUAUCGGACCUCUAGGAAGAGGAAGAGCAGGAUACAACGAAGAGGCUACAUGCGAGAAUGCAUGUAUUCAAAUAGUCGCGGACAGAGGCGAGCAGCAGCUCUACCACGGGUCUACGCCGAUGGCUCGUUUCCUACUUGAGCAAGGGCCUUGGAGUUCUUUUCCCCUCCACAAAGUUCCACAAGAGCCUUUGGAACUAUACAGGCCUUCAGCGUCAUUAGUGUCGAAAGGCAUUGCUACGGGGGGAGACUCGGCAUUUUGGUGCAUUUGAUCGUACCGAAGUCCUCUAAUUCUUAUCCAUACACGCCUCAAGAAACAAUUUUGAGCAAGCGGUGCGCGUUGUGGAUCAA